CAAGGGGAGGAAGAAAGGAGGAAAGAGGAGAAGAGAAAAGAGGAGUUAAGGUGGGAAAACUUGUGAUUUACAAGGUACUUCAAGAACUUUCACGGAGUUGAAAGGGUCGCCGGAGUUGUCGCCGGAGUUGUUGAAGUUCGCCGGAGUUUCACCGGGGCCAAAUCGGAGAGGCUAGAACUUCAUAAGCUUCACUAAGGUUAAGGCUAGAGUCCUACUACCUGCACCUUUGCCUAGGGUGACUGAUCAAGGAGGAAGACGUGAAAUGGAGGGUAGAGGCAUGGCUACGAGGAACAACCCGAGAGGGCAAACUCCGGUGACGUCCGAAGGGGCUAGCCAGGUUGCAUCUCGGGGCGCGAGAGGCGGUAGGAGAGGCCGAGGAGGCCGUGGAGGCCGGGGAGGCCGUCGGGCUCAAACCGUGAGCGAUGGCCAUGUUAGCUCGGUGCAUGGAACUCACACCGAGGAUUAUGACUCUACCUAUGUUCCCGAGACGGAACAUGAGGAGACCCCAUAUGAUGGGGGUGAUACGUAUACCGAUGAUGACAACGAUGAGAGUGAUGCCAAAUUCGCCCAAAUGGGUGAACUGUUUGAGUGGUAUCAAAAGGAGAAGUUGAGGAGAGAUCUUAGGCGCCAAGCUAGGCGUGCCUCUCAGGGGGCUUCAGGUCACGGAAGCCGGGGAGCAUCAGUGGCUACACCUGUGGCGUCACAGGGAAUGCGUGGAGGAGGUUUUUGUGUAAGAAUCUCCAAAUACCUCAAGGAGGCUAGGGCCUUGGGGUGCAAGUCAUUUGACGGCAAGGGUGAUAUAUCGGUGGCUGCCGAUUGGAUAAAGAAGCUAAAUGAGGCUGCUAGGGAUAUGCAGAUCGGGCUUGAUAUAAAGCUGACAGUUGCUACCAGGUUACUGGAGGGAGUAGCCGCGGUAUGGUGGGAAGGCGUGGAAGGAAAGUUCCACGGUGAGACCACCUGGGAGAAAUUUGAAGUAGAAUUCUAUAAUCAGUACUACUCAGAGUUCGAAAAGAACCAGAAGAGGAAGGAGUACAUGACCCUGGUACAGGAGGAGGAUUGCUCGGUGAGGCAACUGGAACAAAGGUUCCGGGACUUGGCACGAUACAUACCUGAGUACGCCAUGGAUGAGAACCGCAUGGCUAAUCACUUCUGGGAUACCCUACAGUUGGAUAUCCGUGAU